UUUAUAUUUAAUAUCGUUAUCUAUGUAAAUAGAAUUCUGCUGACAGCUGUCAUAAGCGAGAAAGAGAGAAAUACCGAUUAUUGAGUAAGAAAUACGGCUGAAGUGAGGUUUUGCCUUAUCUGAGUGCCGGUCGUUAUCGGGAUCGAAAAAGGGAAGGAACAACCAUGGUGUGUGCCUGAAAUCGAUAAACAAGCAUUGACAAACGCAUCGAUGCUGUUCGUUUUUACUCUGGUAAAGUACUCUCCACCUGUUAGCUGUGCGUGAUGGCUGCGCUGUUAGACUGCGCGCACCGACCAGUCGUAAAUUGCAUUUCAAGCAUAUGCUGCUGUUCGGUGCGGUGUUGCUGAUGGUGUGCUUUUUCUUCAUCUACGAUAACUGCCUGGUGGUAUCGAUCAACUCGUACAAAGUGCUGGACGAUCACAACCGAGCGCGGGCCGCACAGAUCAAGCAGGACGUGGAUGGGCAGAGUAGUCGCACGCGCUACAUACUGCUCUACACGGGCUUCUUCGAGGAGAAGCGGUGGGGUUUGCUGGCGGAAACGCUCGGACCGGACUACUUUUCGAUGCAGCACUGUCCGGUAACGAACUGCGUGCUGACCAGCUACCAUCACCUGUUACCAUCCGUCACCGACUACGAUGCGCUCGUGUUUCACGUUGCCACGCGUUGGGAUGGGCCGCUGCCGCCGGUACGCACACCGCAUCAGCUGUACGUGGCCGCACUGAUGGAAUCACCGGCCCACACUAAACACACGCUCAGCCUGGACGGGGAUUACUUCAACUGGACGAUGACGUACCGGCUGGAUUCGGACGUGGUGUUUAACUACCUGAAUGUAGUAGAUCUGGAGAGUGGGGAAGUGAUCGGUCCGGCGUUACAUCCAUCCUGGCGCAACGGAUACGACGAGUAUAGCAACGUAACGCUCGCAGGCACGGUGUCAACCAAACACAAGAUGGCGGCCCAGUUUGUAUCACACUGUGGGGCAUUGUCCGGGCGUGAUCGGCUUGUGAAGAAGAUGCAAUCGGCCGGCUUUCAGGUAGAUGUGUAUGGAACGUGUGGCCCGCUGAAAUGUCCCCGUGGAAACCCCGAAUGCGAUCAAAUGCUGGACACGGUGUACUGGUUCUAUCUGUCGUUUGAAAACUCACUCUGCGUCGACUACGUCACCGAGAAGCUGUACCACGCGUUGGAGCACAACAUUGUGCCGGUCGUGUUCGGUGGCGCGGACUACAAUCGCUUCAUGCCACCUGGUUCGUACAUCGACGUCCAGGACUACAAGACGGUGAACGAACUCGUGGACUAUCUGCGAUAUCUGAUGGACAAUCCGGACGAGUAUGUAAAGUAUUUCUGGUGGAAGCAACACUACGCACUCGACCACACGAACUCGUACUGCGAUCUCUGCGUGAAGCUGCAUUCCGUGGAUGCACGCGAAAGGGUACAGUAUUACCGUAAUAUUAAGGCUUGGUGGUAUGAUGAUGCUUGCACGGCCAAGCCUAAGAUUGAGUUUUGAUUCCGUACUUUAAGAGCUAGCUAGUUAAGAGGUAAGGUGCGAUUAUCCGCAUUUGCCAUAUAGCAAUAGUAAGAAUACUAAAUACUAACAGCUAGAAACUAAUUAAGUCUUGGUUAGACAUAAUGAGUUUAUACAUCGACAUUGAACUCUCAAUUCACAUGCGUUUUUCAUGAGCUUCUCUAAUAAUUUUGAUUUGAAUUGUUUUGUCAGAAGUUUAGCGUAGGCAUGUCCAGUAUCAUACGUAUACGAACAAAAUGUGGCAUAUUGAGAUCGCUGUGAUACUAUAGUUGCCGUAUGCCUAACAACAAUUGAUAGGAUAUAGAGUAAAGUUAGUGAAUUAAAUAGCUAUUACAUUUUCAUGUACUAGCCACAACAACUCAACCUCCAGGAUAAUCGAAACGAAUAGAACUAAAUAUUUAAAUUAAUAAACCAAUAAUACUUAUAAGUGAAGAAAUAAAUAAAAGAAAACCAUAGAAAAUUAAAAGAGAAAGCAAACAAGCAAUUUAAACUUUAAACUGAUUUAAUUCACUAAAUCAUUGAAGAUGAUUAACUGUUAAUAAUUAAUGUUGUAAUUAUAACGAUAUAAGGAACAAGUUAGUGUCGAACUUGAGUCAAUGUUUUCGUAAAGAUAUAAAUACGCUGUGAGGUAAGUGUAUUCAAUAAGUGAGUAAUCCCCAAAAUAUACUCAUGAAAAGUGGAAGCUUA